GAUGCUGGGCAAGUAAACACAUCUGCUCUGACUGGAAGUUUGAUUGUACUGGCAGUAUAUUCUUCGACAGUUGAUCCCUAACUUUAAAAAUGGAUGAGAAAACGGAAUAUGCGGAUAGCAGCUGUCAACAAGUUGAAACAGGUGACAGAACAGAAUUGAUUCCAGAAAAACAACUCUGUGGAGGUGGAACAAGUACAUUAUCUUCAGCUAGUUGUAAUGUCAUCAAUUCAAUAACUGGAUCUGGAAUAAUAGGACUACCUUACUCUAUGAAGCAGGCUGGCUUCCCUUUAGGAAUGAUUCUCCUUCUAGUGGUUGCAUACAUCACUGAUUACUCAAUUAUUCUGCUCAUAAAAGCAGGGAAUUUGUCAGGAACCACUACAUACCAAGCUCUAGUUAACAGAGCUUUUGGCUUGAUAGGGUAUCUUAUACUGUCCACUCUGCAGUUUUUGUACCCCUUUAUUGCCAUGGUGAGCUACAACAUUAUCAUUGGAGAUACCUUAACUAAGGUCUUUCAGAGAAUAGCUGGAGUUGGUCCUGACAACAUACUUGCGCAACGUCAUUUUGUCAUUUUAGUAACAACAAUUCUGUUUACUCUUCCUUUGUCCCUUUUUCGUGACAUAUCCAAGCUGGGAAAGGUUUCUUUUCUGUCUCUCAUGCUAACAGUUGUGAUUCUUUUGACUGUGAUUAUAAGAGCAGCUACACUUGGACCACAAAUCCCCAGAACAGAUGAAGCAUGGACAUUUGCCCAGCCAAAUGCAAUUCAGGCAAUUGGAGUUAUGUCCUUUGCGUUUGUUUGCCAUCACAACAGCUUUCUGAUCUAUGGCUCGCUAGAAAAGCCCACAAUAAGUAACUGGUCCUGUGUUACUCAUGUGUCAGUCUUACUUGCUGCAUUUGUCAGUUUACUCUUUGCUGGAUGUGGAUAUUCUACUUUUACUGGUUUCACACAAGGUGACAUAUUUGAAAAUUAUUGCAAAAAUGAUGAUCUGGCAACAUUUGGAAGGCUCUGCUAUGGAAUCAGCAUAAUUCUGACUUUUCCUAUUGAAUGUUUUGUAACAAGAGAGGUGGUAUCCAAUUUGUUUUCUAACGGGGCCCUUACAACUGUAUUUCACAUCGCUGUGACAGUGGCUGUUAUAGCAGUGUCUACAGUCGUAUCAUUGAUCUAUGACUGUCUAGGCAUUGUUUUAGAGUUAAAUGGUGUUGUGAGUGCUACCCCGCUUGUUUUUAUCAUCCCGAUAGCUUGCUAUCUAAAGCUCUCUGAUGAGCGAUGGUACCAUGGAGAUAACCUUAUUUCAUGUUUGAUUCUCAUUGCUGGUGUAUCUGUGAUGACAGUUGGUUUUGUCAUGGCUGUCUUGAACCCCCAAGAAUGUUCACAUGGAAAAGAAAUGUUUUAUUGCAUGUCCUCAAACUCCUCUUUUAAUAACAUCACAUUUCCCACUAACGUAACACUUGCCCUUAAUGCUAGCCUUUUUUAAAAAUGAUGUUGCCCUUCUAAGCUGAAUACAACUAGGUAUUGAAUGCAUAUUUUAAAAGGUCACUACUCGCAACACAUUUAAUGAAAAGUGAUCUGCUUUAAUGUUUUUUUUUGUUCUAGGAUAGAGGAUGUUGUGCCGUUACUUUAUGGCCACCUGCACUUAAGCAAACACAACCUUAAAAUGCCACACUCCUUUUAGUUCAGCAUGCUGAUUCAGUCAGUGCUUAUUUAUUAAGCAUAAGUGUUUGAAUAGUAAUUGUAUAAUGCCUUAAAGUUCAUGUCACUUUUAGGAUGCACUUCAGUUGCAGUAUUUAUUUUCAAAUUUAGCAAUUUGAACCUUUAUAAAGUUGCCAGGAAUCAAAUGUUUUGACUAUAGACAUCUUUUAAACAAUUUGCCUCUUUAGUUUCAAGUAAUCAAUCUUGUUCUUGAAGGAAAAUGGAUGUGGUAACGGGGUCUUUAGGGGACUAGGGAAUGGUAAUAUACCUAGGUAUCAUUAAGCUUCAUGUUAGAAAUCCCUUGGUUUCACUGAUGUACUGUUUGUAUUAUUAAUUGGAGGUCUGUGAAAGGUUUGUUCAUCACUGCUCAUAUUAAUAAGUAGUAAAAGUCAAGCUGAAUGUAUGCAAUAAGGCAGGUAAUUGUUCUUUGAGCAUUGUGUGCUUGCCUUUUUCCUGACUUUUGGUUAUAUAAUGUGUGACAGACCAGUAAAUAUGCAUAUGUAUCCACUGGUAAAGGUACAAUUUUGGUAGUUUUAGCAAUGUAAUACCAUUGUUUUAUUGUAUCUUUUAAGGUUGUUUCUUUUUUUUUCUCCCAAUUAAACAAUAAACUGCAAUGGUUAUUUUAUGUAUUACCUUAAGAACUACAAGAUGCAAGUCCAGGUAUUUUGUAGACAUAAUCCUGCAUAAAUUAUGUAAUGUGUGUUGAUACGUGUUAGUCACAAUGAUGUAGUAUUUUGCUGAUUUGACAGUCUUGAGUCUUCCUAAA